GCAUAUCGCACAUGUGUGAGGGGUGUGAACUCUCUCGGGGUUACUUCCCCAUCAAACGUGAGCUGCAGAAAUCAGUAGUCAAGUGACAAGUGCAUCUUCUCUUGCACUCUGCGUCACCAGCAAAAACAGCCGCAGUGUGUGUUGUCCAGUGGUUUGAGUGGGACGAUUACAGGAGUUUCACAUUCAUUCCUGUGCAACUCACCCCAACCUGGUUGUUGUCGUCGUCGUCAUCCUCCCAGCUCAGAAAUAGCCAUGGAUCUUUUCUCCUCUCUCACGUCCUCGUCCCCCUGCCCUCACUUGUAUCACUUAUCCGCUUUCCCCAGCAAUGCCUCUUUCGUGAACCGCUCCGAGCUCAGCCACGUGAUCCUGAGGCAUUAUAACUACACGGGGCGUCUGAAGAACAGGACAGUUUCAAACUCGCAGAACAUUAGCGCCACCAUGGUCGUCUUCAUCUGUAUCAGCAUUCUCAUCAUUCUGGAAAAUUCUCUAGUAUUGGUGGCUGUCAUAUCUCACAUCUGCCGCAGUUGGCGUUGGGUGUACGUGUGCAUCGCCAACAUCACCCUCAGUGACCUCCUGACCGGUGCGGCCUACCUGGUCAACAUCUGCAUGUCCGGUAGUCGGACUUUCCAGUUAACGCCUGCGCUUUGGCUUUUCCGCGAGGGCAUGCUGUUUGUCGCCCUGGCCGCAUCGAUUUUCAGUUUGUUGUUGAUUGCCGUGGAGCGUUACAUGACUAUUAUGAGGCCGGUGCCUCAGAAGUCAGUCAGGAGCACCUAUUAUCGGAUUUACGGCCUGGUAGCCCUCUGCUGGGUUUUGGCGCUGGUGAUCGGCUUCCUUCCCUUGUUGGGCUGGAACUGUAUGUGCAGCCUGGACGGAUGCUCCACCCUUCUCCCGCUCUACUCAAAGACCUACAUCUUGUUUGCCCUUAUCAUUUUCAUCAUUAUCCUCCUGGCUAUCGGGGUGCUUUACGGCGCCAUCUACAGCCACGUGCACAAGAGCGCACAACAGCGAUGCCGAAAGCGCUCCCUGGCUCUGCUUAAAACAGUCAUCACCAUCGUUGGGGUAUUCCUGCUCUGCUGGGGGCCGCUGUUCCUGCUGCUGAUGGUUGAUUUCUUCUGCGAAUCUCGACAGUGCGCGCCGCUCUUCAGUGCCGAUUUCUUCAUCUCCCUGGCUGUCCUAAACUCAAGCCUCAACCCUAUCAUUUACGCCCUGGGCAGCGGCGAGAUGAGGAGAGCCAUGGCAAAGCUCCUGUGCCGCUGCUGCUUGACGGCAGGCCUGUGUCGCGCCGAGGCGUUGGCCUCCAAGGAAACCAGCAGCACCUCGGAGAGCAGGCAGGACGGCUUGAGGAACAAUUUUAACAAGGUCAGGAACCUGAGUGUUGCCUCCCCUCCGCCAACACCAAAAAAAGCCAACAAGGCAUCAAAGAAGCGCAGGUCGAGCUCCGCCACCAACUGCCUUUCCGUUUCGAGUGGUUAGACCACAAUGGGGACCCCUCCCAUGCAAAGAGGACCUGAGAGAGGUGCUACACACACGUAGUAUAACUGUUUCCUCAGACCUGUGGUUUGCCAUCUGGUAAACAAAACUUCCAGCAAGUAGCGUUUUAGAAAUGUAUAGUUGCUGAAAUGUAUCUUAUAAGAGGAGGACCAAUAUAUUUUUGUACCUUAUGUAUGUAAGAAAAUGUGUGUGUUGUAUGUGCAUGUUUUUUUUUGCCCUUGAAUAUAUAAUAGUUGAAUGUUAAUAGAUAUUCCACGAUGUUCAGUGUGCUACCUCUUCUAGUGCCCGAAUUCUGAAGGGGAAUGUGUCAUUGAAAACUUGACAGGCUCCGCAAGACUCCAAAUGAUUCAUGAGCGCAAGAUCUCAUUAACAUCAAGUCGACAAAGUCAAGUUUUAAAUAAUACCUUCAAGGUGUCUUUGUUCACAUCAAUCUCAAACAUCUCAAUGUCUAUCAAAACUGAGCUUUAUUACCUGCUCAGAGCUCAUUUGACUGCACAGGUAAACUUAAAUCUAUUGCCUUUGAGUGUACAAUUUCCAUAAUAAUGGCAAUCAGCGUAAGCACAUCCCUCCAUCAAUAAAAAAAACCAAAAAACAA